AAAAAAAGAGAAAGAAAAAAAAGGAGGCUCUCAUAAUUUUCUACCACUUCGCACAAAAGUAGGUUUCUUUCUCUCUCCUUCUCUAUCUAUCCCCAUUUCCCCCAAAAAUUAAAAUCGAUACAAAACCCUAGUUUUUCUCUCUCAUCCGAAAAAUUUCAUCUUCCUCCUCUUUUCUCUUCCAUAAAUCGUAAAAAAAAAAAAAAAAUUAAUCUCCACCCCUUUUCGCGCUCUUAACUUUCUCUCUCCAUCUCUAAAACCAAAUUUUUUGAUAUUUUUUUUAGUUUUGAGAUUCAGUUUUUUUAAUUCAUUUUUCGGUGUUUUUUAGUUGUUACGGUGGUGAUCCUGGGUUGCCAGGGUUUUGAUGCUGUUGAAGAAGUUGAGUAAUUGAGAGAUCUAGAGAAGUUUAACAAUGGCGUUGUCAGAUGAAGAGCUGCUUGAGAAGCAGCUCACCGAAGCUGGUAACCAGCUUCUCUCUCCUCCGUCUUCCGUCGCUGAAUUGCUUGCUUCGCUUGACCGUGUAGAAAACUUGCUCACCCAAGUGGAACAGUCACCAUCGGAGUCAAUGAAGAAAUCACUCUCUCCAUCAAUGAAAGCAUUGAUCUCCAAUGAACUGUUGAGACAUUCAGACAUUGAUGUCAAUGUUGCUGUUGCUUCAUGUAUCAGUGAGGUAACAAGGAUCACAGCUCCAGAUGCACCUUACGAGGAUGACCAAAUGAAGGAGGUGUUUCAAUUGAUUGUAUCAUCGUUUGAGAAGCUAGAUGACAAAUCUAGCCUGUCAUUUAACAAGAGGACCUGCAUCCUGGAAACAGUGGCAAAAGUCAGAUCAUGUGUGGUGAUGCUGGAUCUGGAAUGUGAUGCAUUAAUUGUGGAAAUGUUCCAUCACUUCUUUAGAACUAUCAGGGGUGAUCAUUCUGAAAAUGUGUUUUCUUCAAUGGAGACAAUCAUGACCCUUGUCUUGGAAGAAAGUGAAGAUAUAUCAACAGAUCUUUGUUCGUCUAUCCUAGACGUUCUGAAAACCGAGAAUAAGGAAGUUUUGCCUGUUGCUCGUCUGCUUGGGGAGAAAGUGGCUGAAAAGUGUGCUGUCAAGCUUAAACCUUAUCUGAUACCAGCUAUGAAGUCCCUUGGUACUACUGUAGAUGAUUAUAGUAAGGCUGUGGCAACUGUUUUACAAGCUAGAAGUGAAGCUGUUGAGCCUAGUGAGGCAGAUGCUGUGAACGAAAAUGUGGCUGCUGAGAAUGAUGUGACCAACCCACCUUCAGAAAAGGCAGUUGAAGUAGCUUUGGAAACUUUGGAUGAUGCGCCCCCUUCUGAAGAAGUUGGUCCUGCUACUGUUGGGUCUCCAAAGGCUGUGGUCAGCAAUGGUACAUUACAGAAUGAGGUUGAAGAUAUCUCUGCAGGCAACGAUGAUUCCAAGGAGGUAAAUCAUGAGGUUCAUGAUGAAGAGGCAGAACCAAGCAAGGCUAAGGUUGACAAUAUAGAUGCUGAAAAGCUCACAAAACCAAAAACUAAGCCAGUAAAAGUUAACAAGCGGAAAGGGAAGAAAACAAAUUCGUUGAAGAGCUCUUUAGAACUUCCAGAACCUGCUGUUAUGGAGGAAAAGGAGGAAACAGUGAUGCCUGAGCCUCAAGAAAAAGAUGGGAAGGAUGCUGACAAUGUACCAAGUGAGGCUCCGUUGGCUGAUUCUGCAGAGCCAGCAGAAAAUGAAAAAGAGCCUGAUGCCCCAGUACCCUCACCCAAAACAUCUGAAGAGCCUGUUGGUGUUCCAUCUCUCUCCCCAAGUGGAAGCCUUGCUGAUGAGGAUCCAAAAGAGGAUGAACCAGAAAAGAAGGAUGAAUUAGUGGAAAGUGAGCCAGCUGGUGAUGUUGAAAUGGAGGAGGAAUCUGAUCCCAAGAAGUCCCUUGAAGGAGUUAGUGCUUCAGAAUCCAAAUUGCAUAAGCAAAAAGGGAAAAAGGUAUCUUCUACCACCGACAAGGAGGACAGUGUACCGAGUUCUGAUGCAUCAAAGGAAGAUGAAAAAACCAGUGAUGUGGAUGCCAAAUCGGCGAAACAGACGGGCAAGAAGGCCGAAGUUGUUGUUAGCCAGCGUGAUAAUAAGAACAAACGAGCUCAGGGAAAAGCUACUCCUGCAAAAGAUCUUACAAAAACUCCGUCCAAGGAUGAGAGGAAGAAGUCUGUUGGUUCAGCAAAGUCCACUGCAAAGCCCGUUAAAGAUGAAAGUGAUGUGGAAAAAGCAUCCGAUUCAAAUUCCAAAAGGAAGCGUUCCAGUGAAAAGAAAGUAUCCAGCGAAAAGAAAGUACCCAGCGGAAAGAAGGCUUCCAAAUAUGGUAAGGAAUUGGUUGGUUCGACGAUCCACGUUUGGUGGCCAGAUGACAAAGAGUUUUAUAAAGGGGUUGUUGAGCACUUUGAUCCUGGUUCAGGAAAGCAUAAGGUAAUAUAUAGUGAUGGUGAUGUUGAGGUUUUGAAGCUUGAGAAGGAGAAGUGGAAAUUGAUGGAAGAUGAUCAGAGGGAUUCAAGCGACGGUGAAAGCCCUGAUGAAUCUGCUGAAAUGCCACAAGCUAAAAAGGCCAAGACAAGUCCUGUUCUAGGGGCUAAACGAGGAAAGACUGAGACUUCAGCUAAAAAGGCCGGAGGUUCAACCAGCAAAUCUAAAACUACAACCAAGCCUCGAACUAAGAAGAAGGAUGAUAAUAAUAAAGUGGAUGCCAAAACAAAGGACGAGCCUUUGAAGAGUAUUGGUAAAUCUGAGGACCCUAAAGGUGGAAAACCCAAAGAUUCAAAAUCUGGCAACAAGGACAAGACCCCUAAAUCAGUUGGAAAAUCCAAAGCUAAUGAUGUGGACACACCCAAAGGGAGUAGCAAGUCAAAGCAAGAAACACCUAUAGUUGCUACAAAGUCCAAGGGUAAAUCUCCAAAGAGUGGCGGCAAAUCCAAUACUACUAACGGGAGCAACAAAGUGAAAGCUGCUCCUGCAGCAGAGGAAGAGGAUACUGAAGAUAUGGAGUCAUCACCAGAACCAGCAAAAGCGCCUGAAAGUUCAAAGGGGAAGUCUCAGAGUGGAUCAAAAAAGAGUGCAAAGAAGAGAAAAAGAGGCACAAAAGGCUGAGGAAGUGGAGCGUAACUGUUAGAUUUAUUUAGUGCCCUGGCUGUUGAAAGUUAAGCCACACACAACAUUUGUGUUAGGAAAUUGGUGGCUUCUAUAAUGUGGUAUAACAGCAGCAGCUUUACAACAGUUGCCUUUUAGGAUGAGAGUUUUAUGUGUAGAAUUUGAUUUUGGUUGUUGAGGUCAGAGGCAGUAGACUUUUGGAAGAUUAGCUUGUCUAGAAAUUAAUUCCAUAGAUAGAUGUAGAUUGGUGCUCUCUGUUAAAUUGCAAUCUAUUUAUCCAACUUACAAAUUUGCAUGA